AUGAUAUCAUUGGUUAGAUAUGCAGUGGUCAUUGAAUCAAAUUCAAAGUCAGUGGAUAGAUUCCUAUUGUUCAUAUCAAAGCUGGCAGCAUCAUUAUACACUGUAGAGCUACCUUUGGUACAAUGUAUUCCAGACCAUGAUGAUGAUGAUGAGGAAGACAAAGAUGAAGAUGAAGUCGACUAUGACUAUGAUGGCACAUUCCUUCACAAACUAUUGAACCAACUCCUGGAAUGGUCAGAGCUCAAGACCAAGGGUAUUAGAUACCGCUCCGUCCAGCUCAUCAGAGACAUCACUCAGAACCUAGAAGGUGGCGUGGAGAUUGAUGAGCAUCUCUACGACAACAUCAUAAUCAAGUUGAAACAAAGGAUCCAUGAUGUGUCACCAUCAAUUAGAUCAAUGGCAGCCAUGUCCAUUCAGAAGUUACAAUCCAACGACAAGAAUGUAACACAAGUUUUGAUUGAUGCACUGAACACUGAUCCAUCAGAUAAAGUGAGAGAUACCGUUGUCAACACUGUAUUCAUUUAUACCAAGGAUAUUCCAGAGAUCACCAAGAGAGUUAGAGACAAGAAUCCAACAAUCAGAGCAAGUACAUAUAGAUUCUUUGCCAACAAGGUCAAGUUUGCAAUGUUGGAUGUGCCGACAAGGAUAAGACUGUUGUCGGGCAUCCAAGACAGGGAGGACAGAGUCAAGAAGUCAUGCUUUGAGAUGAUCAAGAGUUGGCUGGAUCAUCUUGGAUCAGACAUGGAGAAACUAUUGAAGGAGUUGGACUGUUCAAACAAUGAGACAGUAUGUUUGGAAGUACUUGGUCUACUGUUCACCAACAACAUCAUGCCCUCAAGGACAUUCUCAGUGACGGAUAUCUUGACGAAUGAGAGCGCACUUUGUUGGAGAGCAUAUAUCAAUCAUUUGAAGACCAAUGUUCAAGAUCAUAGUGAGGCCAAUGUCGAUGAUCAAGCCAUACCCGAGGCAUUACCAUUGUUGGGCUCAUUGUCCAACUAUGAGUUUGAUGACUUUGUCUUCAUUCAGAUCUGUCACAUCUUCAACUACCUCGAUAUCUUUGAUCCAUCAACCAGGAAUGCGAUAACAUUGUACUUUAGAAACAAGAUGUUAUCACUCUUGAUAUCCAUACCUGUGAAGAAGGCAAUGCUGUCAACAUUGAGAACACUGUUCAAGGGCAGGACUGACUUCAAGGAAUAUCUCUUCCCCAUACUCUCUGAGCUCCAGGACCCUCUGGAAGGAACACAGAUUGGUGCCUCAAGCAUGGAGGACUCUGAGGAGAAGGUCAGACUAAUGCACGCAUUGGCCAUAUUGGCAGACAUAUUCGAGUUUAGCGACUUUUCAACAGACAUACAUGGCUUCAUUUAUGAGUUGACUCACUUGUUGGCAAACACAGAAGACAAUGACAUCAUUGGACUUGGAAUCAAAUGUAUUGGAUUGUUCUGUGUGGUUGACGAUUACAAAGACCCACUGUACACAGCUCUGCUUCCAUCCUUGCUUCAUUGUCUGGACAAUGACAACCUUCAAAUUAGAAUAUCAGCAAUGACGGCAUGCUUUGAUGCGAUACUUAGCAAGCCAAAUGAUAUGACCAAGGACUUUUGUCAAGACUUUGUUGGACAUCUCCAACAGCGUGUGUUGUACAUUGAUGACUGCGACCUAGACAUACUUCACGUGGCAAUCGAAGGACUGUGUAAACUAUUCUACAAUGACAAUUGGAACAAUCAAGAGGACUUUAACAGAUUGGUCAGUCUCUACUUUAUCACACCGGACGAACAGUCGUCAUACUAUCGCACUGUACAGGUGCUCAAUUCAUUCAUACCAAGAUAUAGUCUGCAGUCCAAGUCCAAGAUGACUAUGCUCCUCAAUUCAUUCCAAGCGACACUAGAGUACUACCUGGUUCAACAUCGACACAACACCAACAACAACAUCAUUCAGAUUAUCGUUGUCUUUUAUCUAAAGACAGUGCACCUGGCCCCUGCUACUCAGAAGGACUAUAUUACCUCGGUUGUCAAGGACAUUCUCUAUGAAUUGUCAAUGCUAAUAACAUGCUAUACUAGUUAUGGAAGUGUUCUCCAACUAUGCUCAUGCCUCAAGCUGUUUGACCAACCAAACAACACUUUGGAUGAUGGCAACCUUCGUAUCAAAUACCUCCUCAACAAGUCAAAGGACAUCUCAACUUGCAAGAGUUCUUCCAAGUUGCUAUCUAAAUUCAUCGAUCACCAGUUCAAGGAUGUAGACCUGAAGGACAUGUCCUCAGACCAGGCCACAGAGAUUGACACCGCCAUUGAUGAUAGAUGUAAACACCUGGCAGUCAUAGGUGCCAAACAUCACAAGUCAACCAACAAAUCAAAGUCACCUACCAAGAAGGCAGCAACAAACAAAAGAGUAUCACCAAACAAGAGAAAGCAUGUUGACGAAGAGGAAGAGGAGGAGGAUGAAGAGGAACAAUCUGUGGAUGAGUCAGUAGAUGAAGGUAGUGAUGAACCAGAAGUCCUACCUACAACUCCAAAGAAGACACCUGAGAAGAGGACACCGGUCAAGAGAACCCCAGAGAAAACGCCAGAGAAGAUGAUCAAGCUCCAUCAUGAAGGCCUAUCAUACGAUGUGGACAAUAGCAUUGACAAGACCAAGAUCAAGGCCACACAAAGCCCAAGUUAUGCUAGCAAGGUCGGACUAAAUAGUCAACCAGGAGGUGGUCUCAAGAGACAAGACAGCUCACAAUGUAGAAUGAUGUAA